AUGCCGAGAAAGCGUCGUUCGCAAGUCGGAGCGAACACCGAAGCGAACGUGUCGGAGUAUGGCGAAAACGACGAAGCCGGCGAAAGAUUCUUCCAUCCGGAGGAAUUAAAACAGCUGAUCCCCGUUUUUCGUGAAGGUUGUGGCGUUACGGAGUGGAUAAACACAAUCGACCACUAUCAGGAGCUGUACUCGUGGAGUGAAAAAACGACAUUGCUGUAUGCGACGUGCCGACUAGCGGGUGCCGCACACCAGUGGUUCCUGGGUGCCCGGCAGCAUAUUUUGAGCUGGAAAGAUUUCAAGGCGACGAUUUUGUUGGCAUUCCCGGAUCAUGAGGAUGAAGCGAACGUUCAUCGGAAACUGUCUCGUUGCAUGAAGGACUCGAAGGAAUCGUACGAGAAUUACGUCUUCCGGAUGAAUGCUUUGGGGCAGAAAGGCAAAUUGAGCAGUGCAGCGAUUAUCAAGUAUGUGAUAAGUGGUCUCUCGUAUGACGUGCUGUACCCAAGCAUUGUGUCCCGACAGUACGCCAGUAUUUACGAGCUGUUGGAUCAGAUCCGGUACUGUGAAGCGAACAUGGAAUUGUGCAAGCGGCGAAGUUUUCCGUCGAGAAGCAGCAGUCAGAAACAACCGGUGAGUAAUCCCAUCCCGAAGAGGCCGGAGGAUCCCAAAUCGUCAAGUAACCCACCGAGUUCGACUAAGCGGAGCGACGAAUGUUUUAACUGCCAUGGAUCGGGGCACAUUUCGAUCAAUUGUCCCCAUCCGCAACGGCGACCGAGGUGUUCAUUGUGUCGGAAGGUAGGACACGACGAGCAGCGUUGCUUCAAGCGGAACCAAAGCGAACGUCAACAAUCGAACAACGAACCAGCGAUCAACCAGGUACCCAAAGCGAGCGGCGAGAACACGGCGUAUCCGAUCAGCAAGGAGGAUGAACCGCUACCGACGACCGAAGGCAAGUUUCUCGAGGUCAACUCCAACUCGAUGGUGGCGUGCAUCGUCAUCGUUGGCGGACUGCUGAGGACGAUGCUGGCGUUGGCAGAUUCAGGUUGUCCGGUGAGUUUGAUUAAACAAUCUUGUAUUCCAGAAGGCCUUGAGCUUAGCAGAACUAGCGAUAGGGACCUAGUGGGUGUAAAUGAUUCAAAAAUAGAGAUUGUAGGAGCGUACUCGACAUUCAUUAUGAUUGAUACGUCUGUGUAUGUUGCUAACUUGACGGUGGUUACCGACAACACCAUGAAAGUUGAUUUGAUUGUGGGACGAAGAUUUCUUCAGGACAAUGGUUUUUGCGGAUUGUCUUUUCUUCCUGAAUGUUCGUAUGACGUCGAAGCGAUGAAGAAUGUUUUUGAUGGUGACGUAGCAGAUGCUAGUAUUUUGUUCGUCGAUGCGAAUGAUGAGCUCGACAUCGGUGAUACAGUCGAGACUGGAGCGUUGAGCGGUAGCGUGUACGAACUUUUCAAGCGUGAUUAUUGGAACCGCGAAAAACCUCGUGAGCCUUUAGUGAGGCAUUGCGUGGAGAUAAAGCUGAAAGAAGAUCGUUACUACAAUGCGACUCCUCUGCGUCUCAGUGAUUACGAACGUAAGCAGCAGAACAGAAUCGUGCAGGAUAUGUUGUCGAACGGUAUUAUCCGUGAAAGCGAGUCUCCGUAUUCUAGCCGCGUGGUUCUUACUCGGAAAAAGAAUGGCGAAUAUCGUCUUUGCGUAAAUUUCAAACCAUUGAAUAAGUUGGUAGAGCGAAACCAUUUCCCGUUGCCGAUCAUAGAAGAUCAGAUCUCGAAACUGCAGGGUCGUAAAUAUUUCACAUGUCUCGAUAUGAAAAAUGGGUUUUACCAUGUCGACAUAGCGGAAGGUUCGAGGAAGUAUCUGUCGUUCGUAACCGAAGAAGGCCAGUACGAGUUUAAUAAAUUGCCGUUCGGUUAUACGAAUUCCCCGGCAAUAUUCGCGCGGUACGUUAUGAAGGUGUUGAAAGAAUUCGUUGACUCGGGAGAAAUCGUCGUGUUUAUUGACGAUAUUCUAGCAAGCUCUGUGACUGUUAGCGAACACAUGGACUUGUUAUCGCGACUGUUCCGUACUCUUUCCGAUAAUCACAUCGAACUUAACGUGAAGAAGUGUUCUUUUCUGAAAACCGGCAUCGAGUUUCUUGGUUACUACGUCACGUUUAACCAGAUCCGUCCAAGCGAUCGGCACAUCGAGAACAUAAGUAACUUUCCUGUACCGACAAACGACAAGGCUCUUCAGCGUUUCUUAGGCCUGAUGAGUUACUUUCGUAAAUUCAUUUACAGAUACAACCACAUCGCGAGCCCGUUAUACGAAUUGCAGAAUCGACGCGGAUCCGAUUUUAAAUUUGAGUCGCGGCAUUACGAAUCGUUCGAUAAACUUAAGGGAGCGUUAAUUUCGAAACCGGUUUUGUGCAUUUACAGUCCGAAGUUAGAAACGCAGCUCCACACGGAUGCGUCGUCGAACGGUUUCGGCGGUAUUCUCGUGCAGCGUCAAACGUGCGACAAUCAAUUUCACCCAACGAUGUUUUUCUCGCGUAAAACUACAGCGGCCGAAUCGGUACUUCACUCUUUUGAGCUUGAGACGUUGGCUAUCGUUUACAGUCUACAACGUUUUCGCGUAUACCUGUUCGGUAUUCACUUUACUAUCGUGACAGAUUGCAAUUCUCUCAAAGCGACGUUGGAUAAGAAGGACGUGAAUCCGAAGAUUGCACGAUGGGCGCUUUUUCUGGAGCAAUUCGAUUACGCAAUCGAGCAUCGUUCCGGGACUAAAAUGCAACACGUGGACGCACUGUCGCGUAUGUAUUGCCUAGCAAUCGAAGAAACCGAAGAAUCGAUAAAUGUUUUCGAGAACGCGUUGACGUGA